AUGUCCACCAGUAAGCCGGAUUCGGCUGGAUGUUCGUCACAUGGACUAAGAAGCCGCACAAGCCACAGUUUAGCGAUUCAAUCGGAAGCUACCGCGACAUCGGUAACGGAAGUGAAAACAGCAGUUGCUGCAUUGACUUCCAUGAUGGAUCCACCAGCGAGUAUCAUCAUGAAGGCCGCCGCGGCAGCUGCUGCUGCAGCCGCUCAGGCGGCUGUGGGUCCCAUUAAUACUAAGAAGGAACUUGAGUGUGGUGAUAUAAAUGAUGGUAUUGCUUCCUCAGUAGAUUCGAGCAUGGAUAACAGUGCUUUGGCUAACUGCCUUUCAAGCACAAUUUCUUCUUUGAGAGGCUCUAGCAUUAGUGGGACAGGAAAUGAUGGAGGAAACCUCAGUGGAGGAGAAGAUAACCUGUCGGAUAACUCAGAAACUACCUCUGGAGCCACGACUACUACUACUUCGUCUAGCGUGGCGACAACUCAGUUAUUGGAAAAUCUCAAGCAUAAUCUCAACCACCACAACAACAACAAUUCUAGUGUGAUCAACAACAACAACCCACUGCAUGUGAAUAACAAUAACAAUGGUAACCGAAAGCUGUUCGAGUGUGACGUUUGCAACAUGAAAUUCUCAAAUGGAGCUAAUAUGCGGCGUCAUAAGAUGCGUCAUACGGGCGUUAAACCGUAUGAGUGUCGAGUUUGUCAAAAACGGUUCUUUCGCAAAGAUCAUUUGGCGGAGCAUUUCACCACUCAUACAAAAACGCUGCCCUAUCACUGUCCAAUCUGCAACCGAGGGUUUCAACGACAAAUCGCAAUGCGUGCUCAUUUUCAAAAUGAACACGUUGGGCAGCAUGAUCUCGUUAAGACUUGCCCUCUUUGUAGCUAUCGGGCAGGUACGAUGAAAUCACUGCGUGUGCAUUUCUUUAAUCGGCACGGAAUCGAUCUGGAUAAUCCGGGACCGGGAACUCCUUCGUCAUUACUGUUGGCUCUCGAUCAGCAUAAUCCUGCAAAUCUGCUACCAGCGGCUCUUGCGGCUAUGAACGCAGUGAACGCUUCAUUCGGGGAUGGAAAUGCAUCAUCAGCAGUGGACACGAUGCAACGGUCAAUGGACAAUGGUACACCUCCGAUGCAUUUUCUAACGCCACACGUUGAGAUUUCUAUGGCUGACAAUGCUGAUGAUGAUAGCAGCUUACCACUAAAUUGCAGCCGAGACGGACCCGGCGGUGCAGGUGGAGCUCUACAGGAUUUGCAACAAAGUGGCAGAUCUCAGAACGGAACUCCUAUGCUGUUAACAAAUGGGCCAAGUUCCAGUAGCAAUAAUGAUCGCAACACUCCGACCACUUCUUCGUCAUCCACUAUGAUCUCUACCGGGCUGGAUAUUCAGGCUAUAGUGCGGGCAUCGAAUGGCGGAACACCAACAAUGGCAUCAUCCGGAUCGCCAGCUUGUUCACCUCACUCAGCCGACUCAAAUGUUCCCUCCAGCUCGCAAUCUUCGUUGUCGUCUACGACUACCACGAUGCUUCCGACACUAGUACAAAGUUCAAGACACAUUAUUUUUGAUAACCCUAUUACACCCUCGAUUAGCUUAAUACCUAUAAAACAGGAACCAACAACGAAUGAUGAAUACAACGAUAUUAAACCCCGAAGCAGUGUGGAUCCAUCAACCACAAAUAUCGGGAAUCCCGCUGAAAGUGCUACCUCUUCGUCAAGUAUGACUUCUCUCAUUAAGGUGUCUCCACUUAAAUCUUUGCUAAGGGAAGAUCUUAAACGAAGAAUAACUGCACGAGCAACAACUCGUGCAACCCGAAAUGGUAUGCUAACGAGCAGCUCACCAAACCCUACUAGCAGUCCGAAUCCAAACAGUUCUAACGUUCUUACAUCUGGAACGACUCAGGAGAGUGCCAACAGCAGUAACAGUUCGAGCAGUUUGAGCAGUAGCUCAAGUAGCAGCUCUAGCAGUAGCAGCAGUGUGGCCGCCAUUGCAGUCGCAACUACCUCAAAUGGUAUCAUUACAUCCACUGGACAGGAAACCGACUUGAUGCUGUCUUUAACGGCAAAGUCGAAACGACAUCUACAAUGUCUGUUUUGUGGCAUCGAGUUUCCAGAUCAGACGCUAUACUUUCUGCACAAGGGAUGUCACAGUGACAGUAAUCCGUGGAAAUGUAAUAUUUGUGGCGAGCAAAUGAACAACGUGUACGAAUUCAAUUCACACCUACUCAGUAAAAGUCAUCAAUGA